AUGGCCUCCCUAGGGCAUUCGCGCGCAAGCAGUGUGGCCACCGCAGGCUCACACUCCUUGGGCGGCCCCGGCGCAUUCAAUCAUGGCCCGAUACCAGGCGGCAGUCGAGGAGGCGAAUCUCCCUCGAAGCCUCCAAUUCCUCAUAUUGACGAUGUUCUUGCUGCGCGGAACCUCGACCGGAACGUGUCUGCUCGAAAACUUCUGGAAUCGGCCGAGGCAUCAUUUAAGCAAGCCGAGAUCGCUCGGGAGUUUCGCAGACCGGCCAUCGCUCUGAACGAAUAUAUACGGGCGUCCAUAAUCGCUGUACAAUUCAUCACCAACCAUCCCGAAUAUCAUGAUCUCAAAACGAGUCACGGCGAUUUUGUAAAAGCUCAUAACAAUCUACUCGCCAAGAUCAGCCAGCAGGACCAUGUGUAUGCCAAGAUCAAGGCCGACAUUAUUGCGGAUAACAAGCGAUCUGGUGUGCAACCACGAGCUGUUCGACCAGGUUCGUCACAAGGAGGAAGUCGGCCACAUACACCAUCAAAAUCGACCGUCGAAGGGCCCAUGUCACCCUCAAGGCAUCGAUCUGAUGGGCAUGACAUGAAUGGUUCUCCUGCUCGAGCAAAACCAGCAAUUCAACCGAAACCUCAAUCUCUCCACGGGAACGCCAUCAAACCCGGGGCUCAAAGAGCAUCCAUUAAUGGCGUCCAAGAUCUCGCUGCCAGGUUUGCCAACCUGAGAGGCCCGCAACCUUCACCAGGUCAAGAUCCACGCAUCAAGACACAUCAGAUAACGCUCCCAAAGCCGAUGGGUCCUAGAGAGAUGCCCCCACCCCGGCCGCCCAAGGUUGGUAUUGACACCAGUGUGCCUACUCUACCCAAGAUGCCAGAUGCUAUCUACAGCCCUGCUCGUGGGAGCAUCUCAGGAGAGGUAACAAGACCGCCUUCAAGCACACCUCGUAGCAUGUACCGCACAGCGUCCGCCGUUUCGAUACCUGGAACUCCCACGGGCUCAUCACAGUCACAAACAGACUAUUUUGUUCCUACGCAAAGUUAUUCGAACAACUCUAUUCCUCCGGUCCCCCCGAGCAAUCUCAAUGGCUCUGUAAGGGUUCCAGAAGGCGAUGCCAUUUCCCCCGAGGAAUUAUACCAAGCUAUGAAAGCUAAGGGGAGUAUUUUGAUAAUAGACAUUCGCAUGAGGGACGACUUUAACGAAGGCCACAUUAUGUCGUCGUCAACAAUUUGUAUUGAGCCUAGCAUCCUGCUCAGGGAUAACCUCUCUGCGGAUGACAUUUCUGAGAGCUUGAUUCUCUCUCCUAACCAGGAACAAUCGCUUUUCGAACAACGCCAUGCCUAUGAUCUAGUGGUCUUCUAUGAUCAAGACUCUGAAGAAAUUCCCGAGCACCCACGGAACUCUGACGACUUAGUAAUUAUAUCACUCCAUCGAGCUUUAGUUCACUUGAAUUUUAUGAAGGAGCUCAAAAACUCACCCAAGAUUCUCAAGGGAGGUCUCGAUGCUUGGGUUGACUUGAUGGGGCCUGCAUCUCUGGGCUCGACUAUUUCAACAACGAACAGAACAGUGCACUUGGAGCGCAAUCGAAGCCGGUUAUCAGCCAUCGAGCGACGGAGGUCAAAAUAUAUCGCCAAGCCUCUCAAGCCUGACGAAGUCAAAGUGUGGCAAGAGACACUCAAAAACGACGACGAUAUGCAGACAGCAUCAUCACCCAACUUCACUCGUACUACGGAAGACUUCCUUCGGAGAUUCCCACCAGUGUCUUUGGAACAAGAGUCUAUGACUUCUCCGGAAGAGAAGCCCCGGAAUCGCCCCGUUUAUGGGCUAUCUCACAAGGUCGACCUCUACACAGACUUGCCCUCACCACCUACAAGACCAGCCCCUGCUUUACCGCGACGAAGCUACAGCGGCCUUACCGAAGGGAGGGACGAGAACGAGCUUUAUGGCAACAAUAACGCAGUCGUGCCGCCUCGUCCUUCAAGAGCACCAACUAUGAAGGCCGUGGAGCAGCAAUCCACAGGUGAUUCGGCCAAGUUCUACACUGGGCUCAACAAUCCCAACAACUGGUGCUACGCCAACAGCACGCUGCAGAGCUUGCUCGCUUCACCUGAGUUUGGAAGAGAACUGGCGAACUCGGAAUGGGUCAGCAAGUACAAGGCGCCAAUGAAAGAUGACGAGAAGAUUGAGCAGCCACAGCUUAUGAUUCGUAUUAUCUCAAACCUGUUCCACUGGAUGAGUUCAGGCAAAUUUCAGGUCAUGAUGGCCCAGACGCUCAUGAAUUACUCACAUCACGUUUGUACCCAAAGCCGAAGCAUCGAGCAGUUUGGCGGGAGCCAGCAGCAAGAUGCUCAGGAGUUCAUGUCUUUCGUGAUCACUCACCUACACGACGAGACUAACACACGCCGAGAUCGAAAGGGCACUGCUGCCCAGCCAGAUACUAAGCACCAGUCUCUUGUGAAGGCUGCCGUUCAGUACUGGCAGAAUCACCUCGAAUACAAUCGUUCUAUUGUCGACCGCUACUGGCGCGGUCUUGAGCUAUCAACUGUCGAGUGCUUCGAAUGCCGCACCCGUACUUAUCAGUUCAACCCUAUUGAUGUUGUCCCUGUCACAGUGGGAAUGGGGCGUGGCAUGACUCUCGAGCAGGUUCUCGACCAGUAUACAUCAGGCAACAUCAUCAACGACUUCCAUUGCGAUCACUGCCGCCAUCCUACUCGGGCUCAACAGAGUCUCUCCUUUGCCCGCUUUCCAUCCUUGCUCUGCGUCGUCUUCCGGCGCUUCCACUACCAACAUGAUUCCUCGGAUUUACGCAAAUCAACGGCGCCCAUCACGUGGGAUUUCAAUGACACCGACUUUACACGCUACUUCCUCCCCCCUGGCUCUCGCGAGUCUUCAUCUGGAUUUGAUCCCAUGGACCCUGCAUUCACAGGGCCAUUCCGCUACGAGGCUUAUGCUGUUAUUGUUCAUACAGGUAGUCGUACUGAUAAUGGACAUUAUUUGGCGUAUGUGCGGGACUCCACGUCUCAUGACCCUUACGCAUGGUUCUGCUGCAACGAUUCGCGCGUGACAAAGGUUCGCAUUGGCAGCGGAGACCGCGAUGAUGUCCAGGAGGAGGUGUUCAAGUCUGGCCGCGACCGCGUACCAUAUCUAGUCUUCUUUCGUCGCAAGGGCAUGCGAUAA